AUGAGUGUUAAUACGAACAAGGAUAAAGAUGACAACCAUGCGAGAAGUAAUUCGGAAACAACAAAAAAGGAACAAAAGACACCGAAAGGGGUGCCAUCACCUCGGCCGGUGGGGAAUUCACAUUCAAAACAGCCACAACCACAAACACCAAGCAUACUUCAGUCACCAUAUAUAGGGUUACUGAUAGCAUCACAACCACCUCAGGCACAGCCAAUUCAAGUUCAACAACAACACACGACUUCUAUCCCAUCAUUGUCAGCAUUGAAUGAAUCUAUUCAGAAACCCCACUCUGCCUCUACCGCACCAUCAUCUCCACAAAAAACAAUAAGCGACCCUGGGUUGUUAAUGCUCUUGGGUUCCAAUGUCACUUCUUUCCCUUUUAGUGAAGUUGCUUUCAUUGAAGCAAUGAAGUUGAGAGGAGAGCAAGAACGUACUAAACAAGAGUUUUAUCGGGCCGAGAGUGCAAACAAGAGCUUAAAUAUCAUCCAGUUGGCUUUGCAGGCACAAAUACCGGCAAGCCAAAUCCCCCAAUUGCUCGCUGGUGUAAAUCCCGGAAGUACCGAUGAAGCUAAAGCAAGAGAAUUAAAUGUACGUCUGCCGUAUCAACCGUCACCUCAGCAAAACCCACCAUAUCCCCUGACUUCUCGUUGGGCAAAUCCCCAAUUAACACAACCAAGGCUUCUGCUGGAGCAACAGGUUCAGAUGAUUCAGGCCCAGCAGAGGCAGAUACAACACAAUCUUCAACAGCAGCAGCAGCAGCAACAACAACAACAACAACUACAAGCUUUGCAGGCAGCUCAAAAUGCUAAUCUUCAACUUCCGUUAAAACGUGCUUCGGGAGCUGAUCUUCAACAAGAGUUCAGUACAAGCCCUAUGCAGCCAAAGGGUUUCCGAUUUGGAGGAGGCAUAGUUUCAGGAACAUCCCAAGAUCGACCUCUAUCACCCGCCAAAAUUGGAGCUACAGCAGUUGCCAACUUGAACACUCCAACGACUCCAUUUCGUGUUCCUAGAACAACUUCUUCGUCUACUGGGAAAAGAACAAAAGGUCACCAGCGGCAUUAUUCAAUGCCCGUGCUGGCAAGUAUAAGUGGAGGUACACCAAGUACAAGGACAAAAAGCCUACGACGUGACCCUCAAGUUUCUGAAAAACAGUCCCCAUUCUUACAAUCUCCUUCCGGGGCUACAUCGACUCUUCAAGUUAACCCGAUACCAGCGCAGCCUUUGAACGAACAAAAGAAACAACUGGUUCAGCCGCUGCAGGAAUCGAUGCAGUCAUUUCAACACGUUAUCCAAUUUCACCAUUGGCAGCCUGAAUCUGGUUCCAGUGCUGAUCCUACGAAUAGAUCACCAAGUCACAAACGCCAUAAAUCUAUGACGAGGGAAGACAUGCCCCCUGCUUACCCAGCACUUAGAUCUACUGAAGCAAAUCUUGCAAGUGAUGCCACACCAGCUCAAGAGGUUGGCACAUCCAAGCCACACGAAAAGGACAAAAGGACUGCUGAUGAUGAUGAUGCAGACGAAGCGGACCUGUCUGUUGAUACAAGUAUGGUAGAAGUAAUGACAAAGAAAGACGAACUGGCACAUCCCCCAUCCCGUGGACAUUCUCGACAAGAGCUGAAUGUGGGAAGGUACCCUCAUGAUAUCCUAUCCUCUAACUAG